ACUUCAUUAUGACAAAUAUUGUGUGCUACUAACACAGGAUGGAGUGUUAGCAAGGGACUUGCAUCAACAUUCAGACAACUACACAGGGAAAACUUCUCAAGAAACCAGCGCCAACAUGAGUCCUGUUCUUCUACUAUUUCUUGUCCUACAACUUGAGUGGUCUGCCGAAGGCACUUCAACAACAAGGCCCGAGAUCCCGUGCCAGAUUGUCGGCUCUACGGUGAACUGCCAGGGACUACAGCUUGCUUCGGUGCCCCAUCCGCUGCCAAACACCACUGUUUCACUUCGACUGUGCCACAACCAACUCCAGGAGUUAAGGAACAACUCUUUCCAAGGUUUGAGUAGCCUUGUCGACCUACAGGUAUGCUACAAUCAAGUGGAAUUCGUUGAAGAAGACACCUUUGCUGGUCUUGGCUGCUUGCAAACAUUAGACUUGUCGAACAACAACAUUAAUGCCUUGAGAAAAGAGGUUUUCUUUCCUCUGAAAUCACUGCAAAGGCUGGACUUAUCUUGGAAUGGACUGUUGGAAAUUCCCAAGGGAAUAUCGGCGCUGGCAAGUCUACAGUAUGUUCGUCUGAGUCGCAAUAACAUUUCCUCUAUCAAUUUAGACGUUUUCAGAGAACUACACCACAUACAGGAAAUCAUUCUAGAUAACAACCCCGUAUUGUACAUCACUGCAGAAGAUCUCAGAAUUGUGAAACAGCUCAAAAUAGAGCAUCUCUCCAUAACCGGGACCGUACCAACCCUGGCACAGAUACAAGAUGGAGCCCUGUCCAGGCUUAAGAGCAUAAAGAAACUGGAUUUAUCGGGAAUCAAAAUAGGAACAAGGCAAGACUUCCGGCGACAUCUUAGUGAGCUCAAAAACGGCACUGUUACUUCUCUCUAUCUGGUCCAUGUCAGUUUAGGAACACCAGAGAAAGAAACUCUAGAUUGCCUUCCAAAAAGUUUGGAGACAUUGAAUCUCGAAGACAACGAAAUAAGGAUGUUAAAGAACGACAUCUUUGCAGGGCUCCCAAAUUUAAAGGAGCUGGCAUUUGGCCUGAACCCAAUAUCUACAAUAGAGAAUAAAGCAUUCGACGGUCUGGAAAAACUGGAAGUUCUGGAUUUGAUUCUGAAUGAUCUCACUUUUCUGAAUCAGGAAGUCUUCCUUCCAAUAUCACUCACGUUACAAAAGCUGGACCUGGGGGGAAAUGAUCUUAGAGUACAGCCAGGGAACUUUCAAGAGUUGCAGAAUUUGGAGAGCCUGAACCUAGAGAACAAUGGAAUCACUAUUCUUAAGCAUUCUCAUUUCCAAGGACUGAGGAACCUCAAGGAACUGAACAUAGAUGACAAUGCAGCACUCUUUUCAAGUUAUUCAGGUACUUUUCAACACAUACCUCGGCUGAACAAGUUAUAUUCCAGAUGGAAUAUCGCAGGUGAUAGUCUUGAAAACAUCCUUAAGACAAUUCCAGCAUCCUUGCAAGUCAUUGAUUUUACUGGGUGUCGUUUUCAUCUAGAUAGCAAGUUGGAUUUUGUACCACAGAAAUCACUGCAACGUCUUAUCAUCAGGAAGGUUGACAUUGUGGGUUCACUGAGUCCCAUAACAUAUCCAUUUCUAUCUUGGACUUUUCACAACCUAACUGAACUAGAGUGGCUGGACAUGGCAUUGAACCACUUCUCUGUCGUGCCCAUGGAGGCCUUGUGGCAUCUAAGAAAGUUGACCCAUCUUGAUCUCCAUGGCAACAGCCUGGGUAGCCUUCAUGCCAAGACUUUCAGAGAUCUUGAGAGCCUAGAGUUCCUUGACCUCUCAAGUAACAAAAUUUACAGCAUAAAUCCACGACUUCUCUGGCCCAUGACGUCCCUGAGGGUCUUAAAUUUGACGCGAAACUUUGUCUCGACCGUUAACGCACCUACAGUCCUGUUCUUCCACAGUCUCUACCUACUAGAUCUAUCCCACAAUCCCUUCUCCUGCACGUGCGAUCUUCUGGAUUUCGUGGAGUGGAUCAAGAACACAACCUCUGUUCGGAUACAGAAUCUCGUUUCCAGGACACCUUACAGCUGCUUUUCUCCCGAGGAACGCAGGAACCUGCCUCUGCUUGACCUCGACCUUGACUGUGACCUUCACACAGCCUACUACAUGUGUAUUGUCACGUCCACGCUUGUCUUCUUAUAUACCAUUGCAGCCUUUCUCCUUGGAAAAUACCACCCGUAUCUACAGUACUGCUUCCUCUACCUGCGUGGAAAAGCUCGCGGCUACAAGGCCAUACCGAGGAGAAACCAACGCAUCCUUUACGACGCCUUUGUGUCGUAUAACUGUGAAAGCUUGCGCUGGGUCCAAAACCACCUCAUCCCCAACCUAGAGGAACGGCGGCCGCACUACAGACUGUGCAUUGCUGACCGCGACUUUAUAGGGGGGAGAGACAUCGUAGACAACAUCACCGACGGGAUCCUGCAGAGCAGGAAAACGGUCUGUCUGCUGACCAGGAGGUUCAUUCGCAGCGGGUGGUGCACGUUGGAGUUCAAGAUAGCCCGGCACAGGCUCUUCGAUGAGGGGAAGGAUGUCCUGAUCCUAGUUCUGCUGGAGAACAUCCCGGUGACUCAACUGUCUCGCUACCAUCUCCUGCAGAAACUCAUGUCCAAGAAAACCUACCUGGUCUGGCCGCAGGACACACCGGGAAGGGUCCUGUUCUGGGAGAGGCUAAGACAGGCCCUCGGGUCAAGGAAUGAACUACCUCAAGGUCAAGAAGUGGAGGACGACUUGGUUUAAGAAGGAAGAGAACACUUGAGGAAAGUAAGAUUCUUUCACUACUAGUAGUGAAUUUUGGACAAUGGAUACCCUCUUGUGUAAAGGCACAAAGUAGUAAACUACAUUGUAUAUACUUUGUAUAAAAGAGUGUGGUAUUUUGCCAGCUAGCAGUAUCACAAGCUGUGCAAGUUGGAAUGAUACAUAUUGAGCUCUGCUUCACAUGUAAUUUUCAAGUAAUAUACAGAAAAAAGGAUUU